AUGAGUAAAGAGAAAAAGAUUGAGUCAUCCAUGUUAACAUUUUUUGUAUAAGAGAUGAACUAGAAUUUUUGGGAAUAGACUCAUACAACAGAAUUAGAUGUAUUGAUUAACAUUCAUUUAAGUCAUAAGAAUUUUUGAUUGAACAUGAAUUUAUUAGAGAGGCUAGAAAAGAAGUUAAAGUCAAACAUACUUUACUUGUAUUAGGUGAAGAAUUUUUGUAUAAGAUCUCUCCAAAAUAAAAUUUAAAGCGAGUUCCAUUAAAUAUACUGCAUUUUGAUACAAUUCCAAAAUUACCAGAAGAUGAUAUUUUGCAACUUAAUUCUGAAAAUUAAUUAUAUGGAUUCAAAUUAACUUAUGCAAGUAAGACACUUCAAGUUUUCACAUCAAAUUCUGUUGUUUUUUUAUAAUGGUAAGCUAUUUUAAAACGAAAAUGUUUACUAUCUUCUUUUCAUGAAACAUAUCAUGUUGAGAAAAUGAUAGGUAAAGGUAGUUUUGCUAAAGUUUAUUUAGCUAAUUCUAAUGGAUAAUCAUAUGCUAUUAAAGCAUUUAGUAAAUAAUUUAUAAAUGAAUAAUUAAAAGUAUAAACUAUUAAUAUAAUAGGGUAAAGAAAGUCUUCUUAAUGAAAUGUAAGUAAUGAGAGCUAUUAAACAUCCAAAUAUUGUUAAAUUAUUAGAAGUCCAUGAAACUUAAAAUUCAAUCUACUUUGUUUUAGAAUUAGUUGUUGGAGGAGAAUUACUUUAAAGAGUCAAAGAAAAAGGUAAAAUAUUUAGUAUCUAUAUAUAUAACAGGAUUAUUGAAAUCAGAUGAUUUGAUUAAAAUUGCAUUUAAUUUAUUAAGUGCUUUAGAUCAUUUGCAUUAAAAAAAAAUAUUUCAUAGAGAUUUAAAACCUGAAAAUCUAUUAUUUAAAUCUAAAGAAGAUAAUUAUAAUAUAAUGAUCGCAGAUUUUGGCUUAGCUGCUUUUUCUGAUUAAGAAUUAAUAUUCAAAAGAUGUGGUACUCCAGGUUUUGUAGCUCCUGAAAUCUUACUCUAUAUCGAUGGAGGACCUAUUUAUGAUACUAAAUGUGAUAUUUUUAGUGCUGGAGUCAUCUUGUAUAUAUUAAUUGUAUAUUCUAAAAUCUAUAAAAUUAGACUGGUAAAUAGCCAUUUCCUGGCUAAGAUUAAAAAGCAAUUUUAAAAGCUAAUAAAGCCUGUUAAAUAGAUUUUGGAUUACCAGCCUUUUUGAAGACUCCUAUUGAAUUUUAAGAUUUAGUAAAAAAAAUGUUAUCUAGUAAAAUCAAUGAUAGACCAACUGCAUAAGAUGUAAGUAUUGUUAUAUAUUUUAUCAAGUGCUUAAAACAUAAACUAUUCGCUAAAAUUUCUCAAUAAAUAAAAUAGGAUUAAUAAGACUUAGAAGAUUAAUAAUAAUAAGUCUUAAAUAAUCUAGCCAAUUAUGAUAUAGAAUAUACUAUUGGUUUAAAAAAUAAUACUCAGAAGUAAUAUAUAAAUUAAUUAGUUCGGAGGAUUUAGUAGGAUCACAAUAAUUAUAAUGGCGAAAACCAGCUUAUAAUGGAAAUGUUUAAACUAUUGAAACCUUAACAAAUUGUUCCACUGUUUCGAUCAAAUAAAUUGAUGCUUAAUCUACUUCUCAAUCUUAAUAAUAAAAACAACCUUAAUAAUCUAAAUUCAGUAUUUUUAGUGCUAAAUUAUCAAGAUAGAAUAGCUUUGAUGGAGGCACUGGUAUAUUUUUAAUUAACAUAGAUAUGUUCAAAGAUUGUGCUUCUCCUGGAAGAAAUAAAAUAUCAAAAGAAAAAGAUUUACAUAAAAUUGCUUUAAAAAACUCUUUUCGAUUUUGCUAAAAACCAUAAUUAUAAGUAGAAGAUAAUUAAAUCAAUCAAGAACAAUCAGAGGUAAGUGAAUUGAUCAAAAGACAUAAUUCCAGUGAAUUGAUAAAAAUGAAUCGUACUGAUCAUGAAAUUUAAUCUCCUAAAAAAGUAGAAUGA